CUCCGCAGCUGGGAGCCGUUUGAGAAGCGCUGGACCCGGCACCGCGGUUCAUGCUUCCCCAGCGGCCCAGCGGCAGCAGGAGCGGACCGAGGCAGCUGGUACCAUGGAGAUCGUGUAUGUGUACGUCAAGAAGCGCAGCGAGUUCGGGAAGCAAUGCAACUUCUCGGACCGCCAGGCGGAGCUGAACAUCGACAUCCCGCCCAGCCCCCAGCUGGCCGAGCAGUUCGUGGAGCGGAACCCCGUGGACACUGGCAUCCAGUGCUCCACCAGCAUGUCGGAACACGAGGCCAACACGGAGCGGUUUGAGAUGGAGACCCGGGGGGUUAACCACAUAGAAGGCGGCUGGCCCAAGGAUGUGAACCCCCUGGAGCUGGAGCAGACGAUCCGCUUCCGGAAGAAGGUAGAGAAAGACGAGAACUACAUCAACGCCAUCACGCAGCUGGGCUCGAUCAUGGAGCACUGCAUCAAGCAGAAUAAUGCCAUUGACAUCUACCAAGAGUAUUUUGAUGAUGAGGAUGCGGUGGAGGUGAUGGAAGAGGCCCCUUCAGCUAAAACCAUCAAUGUUUUCAGGGAUCCCCAGGAAAUUAAGCGGCCAGCCACGCACCUCUCCUGGCACCCCGAUGGCAACAGGAAGUUGGCAGUGGCAUAUGCUUGCUUAAAUUUUCAACGGGCCCCUGAGGGCAUGAGCAACGAUUCGUACAUCUGGGACCUGGAAAACCCCAACAGGCCAGAAAUCGCUCUGAAGCCGUCUUCUCCUCUUGUCACCUUGGAGUACAACCCCAAAGACUCCCACGUGCUCCUGGGGGGCUGCUACAAUGGGCAGAUCGCCUGUUGGGACACCAGGAAGGGCAGCCUGGUGGCAGAGCUGUCCACCAUUGAGUUCAGCCACCGAGACCCUGUGUACGGCACUAUCUGGCUACAAUCAAAGACGGGCACUGAGUGCUUCUCAGCAUCCACGGACGGGCAGGUCAUGUGGUGGGACAUCCGAAAGAUGAGCGAGCCCACUGAGGUGGUGAUCAUGGACAUCACCAAAAAGGAACAGUUGGAAAAUGCCUUGGGGGCCAUCUCCCUGGAGUUCGAGCCUACUCUGCCAACCAAGUUCAUGGUGGGCACGGAGCAGGGCAUCGUCAUCUCCUGCAACCGCAAGGCCAAGACGCAGGCUGAGAAGAUCGUGUGCACCUUCUCCGGCCAUCAUGGCCCCAUCUACGCCCUGCAGAGAAACCCGUUCUACCCAAAGAACUUUCUGACAGUCGGCGACUGGACUGCCCGCAUCUGGUCGGAAGACAGCCGGGAGUCGUCUAUCAUGUGGACAAAGUACCACAUGGCUUAUCUCACUGAUGGUGCCUGGAGCCCGGUGAGGCCGGCCGUUUUUUUCACCACCAGGAUGGAUGGGACCUUGGACAUUUGGGACUUUGUGUUCAAGCAGUGCGACCCUGCCCUCAGCCUGAAGGUGUGCGAUGAGGCGCUCCUCUGCCUCCGGGUGCAGGACAACGGGUGUUUCAUUGCCUGUGGCUCCCAGCUGGGGACAGCCACGCUGCUGGAGGUCUCGCAGGGGCUGUGCACCCUCCAGAGGAAUGAGAAGAACAUGGCCUCCUCCAUAUUUGAGCGGGAGACCCGGCGGGAGAAGAUCCUGGAGGCCAGGCACCGCGAGCUGCGGCUGAAGGAGAAGGGGAAGGCGGAGGGCAGGGACGACGACCUGAGGGAGGAGGAGCCCACCCUGAACCUGGAGGAGCUGGUCACCAAGGCCGAGGAGGAGUUCUUCGACAUCAUCUUCAGGGAGCUGAAGAGGCGCGAGGCAGAAGCCGUGAAGAAGAAGCCCAAGCCUCAGGAAAAACCAAGUCUGGAGACAGACGAGGAAGUGGAGGGAGAGGACGAAAGGGAGGAAGAAAGAGGCGAUGAAGGGGAGGAAGAAGGAGGUGAUGAAGAGAGUCCGGCCUUGGAAGGUCAGACUUGACCGCAGCCCUGCUCACAUGCACACCUCUUGGCACCGCCCUGGUUUUACAAGCAAGGGACCUUUAAAGGGUCUCUGGGGGUAAGGCUUGGGGAGCAAAGGGGCCCUGACCCAGCCCCCACACCCCACAAGUGGCUGGUCCCCGCUGACUCACUGAGCCCUGUCCCCGGGGACCCCUGAGAGUUGGGGGUUGGGGGGAAGAGGCAGGGUUCAUUCCUGAGUUAGUGCCCCUCAUCUCAACCACACCCCGGCCGACUCCACCCAGGUCCCCUGGCCCUGCCUGUUCCCUUUGAUUCAGCUUCUCAAGGGCUUUCCCGACAAUCAUCUUCCUCCACAAGCUUGCAAAGCCUCCACUGGGCUUGUCACGGCCACUGUCACGGCCACGGCCACGGCCGGGUCUCUGAAAGGCCUGUGGGUGGGGGAAGGGGUUUCUCCUUGCUUACUGACCCUCCCCACCCACAAACGACUUGGGAACAGAGAGUCUGUCCACUUCUAAGAAGUCUUUCCAAGCAACUCCCCUGGGGAAUGUCUGCCUCCAAGAGGGUGAGAGUCAAUGGAUGAAACCCACUCGGCUACUCUGGUUCAUGGCAAGCUGCCUCCUGUCUUCAUUCUUGUGAAACUAAAUUAGUAAUAACAGUGUUAAUGCUUAGUGCUUAUUCUGCAUCCUGCAUAAAAGGCUUUUAUCUUCCUCUCGUCGUUCUUUAAAGUCCCUGGAAGGUUUGUGCUCUGAUAAUGCUUCCUCAACAGAGGAAGAGACAGGUUCCAGGAGAGGUCAGGGACUUGCCAGGUCACAGGGCUCGUGAGGGGCAGCGCGGGCACAGGGGCCCAGGCAGCUCACUCCUGACCCUGCACAGCAGUCAGCUGUGGGCCGGGCUCUGUGCAGGGCCCAUGGGGGCUCCAGGAUGGGCACUGGGCUGCCCCGAAAUCACGGCAAAG